AUGGUUCCCAGGGGAGGUUCUUCCAAAAAAUGCGGACCUCAUAAACCACGUAUAGUUACCGCGUCAGAAUCUCGCUUCCUCUAUUUCGAACAAGAGAUACUGGCAGAAUGCACGCAAAAUGCCAUUCCCAACUCACUGGACCUCUUCUUCCGCAUCGUAACGACGCAAGGACUGGCCGAGUCAUUCGACCCAGAUCUGUCUUCGCGCAUUUGCAGUAGGCCAAACCCUAUUCAUAUGCUUGAUAACUACACAGUUGCUGGUGCAAGGAACUCGUCCCUAGGUUCUUCUGGCUUGAUGCCAGACUUUUCAACACCCUUUCGUCAAACAGGUUGGACACAAAAUGGCUUGAAAAAUCAAGAUAGCAACUUCGGAUAUGAUGAGAUAUCGGAAUCGCCUCCGUGGAACGACUAUGGUAGCGCGAUGGACUUCCUUGAACCUUCUCCCUUAUCACCCUUUGACGAUAAUACCUGCCUGGACCCUGGAUCCUCUGUUCGAGUGCUUCCGGAUAUCGAUCCUCUUUCCGCCAUGAACCGCGAGAUUGUGGUGGAGCUCCGAAAUUGA